CGCAACCAUCAUUCCAGUCCCCUUAGCCAUAUCCAUUUGAUCCUGCUGUUUCGGUUGAUUUCGGGGUAUCUCACUCAUAUUUAUCUCUUCUACUUCUUAUCUACCUUUCGCGUCUGAACUGUUUGGUUAUUCCCCGCCAUCAUGUCGACGUGGGGUGAACAUUUCCGAGUCACCACCUAUGGCGAGUCUCACUGCCGCUCGGUCGGCUGUAUCGUCGACGGCGUGCCUCCCGGUAUGCAGCUCACCGAGGAAGAUAUCCAGCCCCAAAUGACUCGCCGCCGCCCCGGCCAGAGUGCUCUCACAACCCCGCGCAAUGAGAAGGACCGAGUCGAGAUCCAGUCAGGUACAGAGUUCGGAGUCACUCUGGGUACACCAAUUGGCAUGAUUGUCCGCAAUGAGGACCAGCGCCCAAAGGACUACGGUGGCAGCACGAUGGACCUGUACCCCCGCCCCAGCCAUGCCGAUUUCACCUACCUCGAGAAGUAUGGCGUCAAGGCCAGCAGUGGCGGUGGCCGUAGUAGCGCCCGUGAAACCAUUGGUCGUGUCGCCGCCGGCGCUAUCGCCGAGAAGUACCUCAAGCUUUCGCACAAUGUCGAGAUCGUCGCCUUCGUUUCCUCCGUUGGCAACGAGCACCUCUUCCCCCCAACCCCCGAACACCCUACCGCCUCUACCAACCCUAAGUACCUGAAGCUCCUCGAGACUAUCGACCGCACAACGGUAGACAGCUUCGCCCCUGUCCGCUGCCCAGAGACCGAGGCCUCCGCACGCAUGACCAAGGUCAUCGAGCAGUUCCGCGAUGCGCAGGAUAGCAUCGGUGGUACUGUCACCUGCGUGAUCCGUAACGUGCCCGUCGGCCUGGGUGAGCCGUGCUUUGACAAGCUUGAGGCGAAGCUGGCCCACGCGAUGCUGAGCAUCCCCGCCACCAAGGGCUUCGAGAUUGGCUCUGGCUUCGGCGGCUGCGAGGUGCCCGGUUCCAUCCACAACGACCCCUUCGUUGUCUCCGAUAAUCAGCGUCUCACCACGAAGACCAACAACUCCGGUGGUGUGCAAGGCGGUAUCUCCAACGGUGCCUCGAUCUACUUCCGCAUCGCCUUCAAGCCCCCGGCGACUAUCGGCCAGGCCCAGAACACCGCCACCUACGGUCUGGAGGAGGGUAUCCUCGAGGCCAAGGGCCGCCACGACCCCUGUGUCGUGCCUCGUGCCGUGCCAAUCGUUGAGGCCAUGUCCGCACUGGUUAUCAUGGAUGCUCUGAUGGCUCAGUAUGCUCGCGAGAGUGCCAAGAACCUCCUUCCCCCUCUGUCCACCACGUUGCCCACGAAGCCUGCUACCGCUCCUAGCGGUGCGUAGGGGUUUUACAGUGUGUUGAGUCAUCGAUGUGGAGAUCAGGCGGGAAAGCCAAUAAUGUUUCAUUGAUGUAACCAUGAAACAUCUUGAUAGAUAGUAUAUUCUAGUUGUGUGUUGUGCUGCCUGCUGGCUCCUUCACUGUUCCUGUGUGUUAGAGAGCUCUGGGCUCGGCGUUGAUAUAUUCAAAGUCCGUGUGGACUAGAGACAAAUUGUUGAAUGAAAUGCAUGAGCAAUGAUUAUGAA